CUUCCGAUGAAUGCGAGACAGAUUCCUGUGACAGGUUCAAGUGCCUGCGCGGGUUAUCCACACCAGACAUCGGGAAAGCCUAAGCUCUCUCUCUCAAACAGCUGACAGCUUGGGCUCGCACAUGUCAAAGCACUUCUCACUUAAAACCUACCCUCAACUCCCAACCUAGGACUGCACCUCUGCAGCUAGGCGGAAUUGAAAGAAUUAAAUUGCAAAACUACAAAUCCUCCAUUUUUCUCUGCAGCGAUAGAGACAAAUGGACCCAUCCCAUGAUGAUGAUGGAGACGGCAUGUCUCGCCAGCUUGCGGAUCUCGGGCUCGGCCAGCCUUUUGUUGGCGGGCCGCAUUUCAACGCCCUUGACGAACCCCCGCCGCCGCCCAGAAUAUCCAGUGAAGGCGUAGUUGCAGUUGACAUCACGCAGAAAUUCUUAUCGGCCGCUUCAAGCUUGGAACCUGGCGAGCUUGUCAAGGAUGGCUACUUUACUUUGUUUGAGUCCGUUGGGGCACUCGAGGUCAUGGACCCUAAGAUGGAUAGCGGCUGUCUGGCACCGGGCGAGACCCUUGACGAGGGGUAUGACGUGACGCGGCCUCUCCUCCCCAGUGAGGUUGUGGGAAUCAUCGACCAGCUGCUCUCCCUUGAGAUGGCAUGGCACCUUGGCUACCCGCUGUCGCAGUCCCUGUUCACCAGCGUCUACAUCGAGCGGAUGCUGCAGCUGGCUCCCACCACCGUCCAAGAGGCCGACUUCAUCAAGGGCCGUUCCUCGGAUGCUCCAAGAGAUCCCAUGCUUGGUGCCCUCAGGGCUUAUUGUCUCGGUCUGCUGAAGUCAUGUUCGUUUGUGAAUCAACGAAUCAAGGGUGAGCACUAUUACGAGGAAGAAGAUUUCGUUACAAACACGUAUCAUCGGUCACUCUUAGACAACCUAGACAUCUAUGAGGUCCGGGACGAGAUUAUGGCAGCCCGGAAGGUCAUCCACGACCUCAGAAGCACACUGACGGAGGAGAUGGCACAUGCUUUGGGCUUCCGUCUCGAGUUGAGGACCGCCUUCCUGCGAGCAAUCGAGCUAUUCCAGCUACGGAGCAACCCGGACUCGCUCAGCCUGCCGUGGUCCCAUAUGCAGGAGGUUUGGGAGACCAUCAACAAGACACGCCACCUCGGAAAGUCCGUGCCGGAAGCUUUCAGCACCAAAAUCCAACGUCGGCUUGCGAGUACCAUGCCACCGCGGCCCAUUGUUCAGCCGAGUCCGGAGGAGACGUACAAGCACUUCAAGAAGCUAAUUGCUGACGGUGCGAAUGUGCCCAAGGUUCUCAACUAUGUCGACUCACAGACACUCCUGACCUUUGUCAUGACGUUCCAGGCUCAAAAACCCCAGCCACUAGUGUACAUUCGUGCGCUUCUCCAGAACUUCCUGUUCCAGGAUAUGGUAGUCCUCGGUCGCCUGAGCAUCCGCCAGAUCUUGGACAACGACCUCUGUACCAUCGUCUUGCCGUGCAGCAUCCUUCUCGACCCAUCAAACGACGAUGUUGAAUCCCCCCAUCACCCGCGCUACGCCAUCGCCCACCAGAUGGAGCUGUUCCGGCAGCGAGCGGCGCAGUCAUACCUCGACAUCUUUCGAACCUUCUGCCAGAACCGCUGCCGUGUCCGCCGCACACUGUACCAUAUGCUCCAAGACUGGGAAACGGUCCAGCUCGACGCCGAGGAAGUUGACCAGCUACUGCAAGCCCAGAUCGAGGAGAAACCCGUCAUCUACCCACCCUCCACCGGCGUGCCCAGUUACUCCCUCCCGCUCUCAUCCUGGGCCUACCACUACAAGCUGCGGCUCAUGCAGUGGACCGUCCAGCUCGGGUUCGAACUCGACAUCUACCAGCCCGACGAGCUGGCCGGCAUGUACUGGUACCUCGGCUACCUGGCCAAAUGCCACGUCCAGCACGCCGAGCGCAUCAAGUUCUUCAUCAAACAUCGCGUCGAGGCAGACGCCAACAACAAGAUCAACAACAUCAACAAUAAGACGGCCGCCCAGUACACCCGCUGCAAAUCCUACCUCUACCUCACCGUCCUCGAAGCCGCCAUCACCACGGAGCUGGCCGAGGCCUUGACCAACCUAUACGCGGCGCUGUCCCGCCUAGGCCUAAUCGUCCCCCCACCAAGGCCGUACAGCACGGACGCGCUGCGCUACGAGGUGCGCAUGAAGCCGUUCGCGCCCAUCGGCCUGCCCGAGCUGCCAUCCUUCGAGGUCUUCAGGCGGCACGUGACGCAACCGAACACCCCAACGGCCGAACUGCUGGAGACUGCGGCCAAGGCGGCGGCGGAUGCCAAGGGCGGGCUGGAGGCGGUGGCCAAGAUGGGCGAGAGCGAGGCGUUUGCUGUGGGCUGCCACGAUCGCUGGCUGAGGAGCAUCAAGGACUGGACCAAGGCGGCCAUUGCGGCGGGCGUUGCGAUCGGUACGGUCAAGAGGGCGGUUGCGAAUGGGAGGGUGAAGGGGUUGAAGGUGGAGGUGCAGCCUUCGGAGAAGGGGUAUCAUCCGUGGUGGGUUGUGCCCAAGGUGAAGGAGCAAAGGUAGAAGAAACUUUAGGUCUGCACAGGGAUGGAGAAAAGGCGGUUGCCAGGAGACAAGAGGAGUGUAACGGUAAUUACAAAUCAACA